AUGGUCGCGACAUUAGAAGCACAGUAUGGAAUGGUAUCUGGACAGGUCGAUUUGGAUAUCAAAAAACGAAUAAAAGCAUUGAGAAAGAACAAUAUCAAGUCCGUUACUUUCCCUAUCGAGGAUGAUUUGGAGCAUCACCGUGUGAUUGAAGUGCUCGCAAGAAUUGCUGAUGCUCGUUUGAAAACGUUUUGA